UGGAUGGGGUAUUCUGAGAACCAGUCAAUACAGCAAAUUUGAUAUUAGCUACAGAACUGAGGCAGAAGAAUAAAGUGAGACCGUGGACGAGGAAGGCGAGCUUCGAGGUCUGGCCACUUGGCCAGCCGGGAAUGGUAGUUCUCAGUGGUUCGGAGUCUUCGUUGUACUGGCUUGUGAGUGAGCAGUGAUGUACUACAUCUUCCGAAGUUCUCCAGGAACCCGCGUUGGCCGGCUUCUGCAGCGCUAUGCAUUGUGGGAUAUGUAGUCUAAAUCUGGCGAAUUAUAGUAGUGUCCAAAGAAAGGUUGCCGGGACGCGGACUCAGUUUCCCUACGACCCUGGGAUGCUCACGGCCCAUUGGCCGAGCAAGGCAACUCUGGUUGCACUCCUCCCCGCCCCCAGUGACACAAUAGCAGCUCCCUCCAAGAUGGCGGCGGCGACAGCAGACCCGGGAGCUGGGAACCCGCAGGCUGGGGACUCCUCCGGUGGGGACUCCGGGGGCGGGCUACCGUCACCUGGAGAGCAGGAACUGAGUCGGCGCCUGCAGCGUUUGUACCCUGCGGUUAAUCAGCACGAGACGCCGCUGCCGCGCUCCUGGAGCCCCAAGGACAAGUACAACUACAUCGGCCUCUCCCAGGGAAACCUCCGUGUCCAUUACAAAGGUCAUGGCAAAAAUCACAAAGAUGCAGCCUCUGUACGUGCCACCCACCCCAUCCCAGCAGCCUGUGGUAUUUACUAUUUUGAAGUAAAGAUUGUCAGCAAAGGAAGAGAUGGGUACAUGGGAAUUGGACUCUCAGCGCAAGGCGUUAACAUGAACAGACUGCCUGGUUGGGACAAGCAUUCCUAUGGUUACCAUGGUGAUGAUGGGCAUUCCUUCUGCUCCUCUGGGACAGGCCAGCCUUAUGGUCCCACAUUCACCACAGGGGAUGUGAUCGGCUGUUGUGUCAACCUCAUCAAUGGCACCUGCUUCUACACCAAGAAUGGCCACAGCCUUGGUAUCGCCUUCACAGAUCUCCCGGCCAACCUCUACCCCACUGUAGGCCUGCAGACACCUGGGGAGAUUGUGGAUGCCAACUUUGGGCAGCAGCCCUUCCUGUUCGACAUUGAGGACUAUAUGCGGGAGUGGCGUGCCAAGGUCCAGGGCACUGUGCACGGCUUCCCCAUCAGUGCCCGGCUUGGCGAGUGGCAGGCGGUGCUGCAGAACAUGGUCUCGUCUUACCUGGUGCAUCAUGGGUAUUGUUCCACAGCCACAGCUUUUGCCCGAAUGACUGAAACCCCGAUUCAGGAAGAGCAGGCAUCCAUAAAGAACAGACAAAAAAUCCAGAAGCUGGUGCUGGAAGGCCGGGUGGGUGAAGCCAUUGAGACAACCCAGCGCUUCUACCCUGGGCUGCUGGAGCAUAAUCCCAACCUGCUCUUCAUGCUCAAGUGUCGACAGUUCGUGGAGAUGGUGAACGGCACUGACAGUGAGGUCCGCAGCCUGACCUCCCGAAGCCCCAAGUCCCAGGACAGCUACCCUGGCUCCCCCAGCCUCAGCCCCCGACAUGGCCCCAGUAGUUCCCAUAUACACAACACAGGAGCAGACAGUCCCAGCUGCAGCAAUGGCGUCGCGUCCACCAAGAACAAACAGAACCACAGUAAAUACCCCGCACCCAGCUCCUCCUCCUCGUCCUCAUCCUCCUCGUCCUCCUCUUCCCCGUCCUCCGUCAAUUACUCCGAGUCCAACUCAACAGACUCUACCAAGUCCCAGCCCCACAGCAGUACCAGUAACCAGGAGACCAGUGAUAGCGAGAUGGAGAUGGAGGCAGAGCACUAUCCCAAUGGUGUGCUGGAAAGCGUCUCCACACGCAUCGUCAAUGGGGCCUAUAAGCAUGACGACCUGCAGACAGAUGAGUCCAGCAUGGACGAAGGGCAUCCACGGCGGCAGCUCUGCGGGGGCAACCAGGCUGCCACAGAAAGGAUCAUCCUGUUUGGCCGAGAGCUGCAGGCAUUGAGCGAGCAGCUGGGCCGGGAGUACGGCAAGAACUUGGCCCACACGGAGAUGCUGCAGGAUGCCUUUAGCCUACUAGCAUACUCAGACCCCUGGAGCUGCCCAGUUGGUCAUCAGCUUGAUCCCAUCCAGAGAGAGCCCGUGUGUGCUGCUCUCAACAGCGCCAUUUUAGAGUCUCAGAACCUGCCAAAGCAGCCUCCUCUGAUGCUCGCCCUGGGCCAGGCAUCUGAAUGUCUACGGCUCAUGGCCCGAGCAGGCCUGGGAUCUUGCUCCUUUGCCAGAGUCGAUGACUACUUGCACUAGCAGACCUUCCUGGCUGGCUCUGGCUGGCCCUCCUUCAGCCCUAGGGCUGGAGCAGCCCUGUCCUCCGNAGGCAUCUGGUACAGAGACCUGGAAGCCAUGGGCAGAGUUCACUCUUCCUACCUGGCCGGUCCAUCCUCCUUUCCUCCCUCCCUCCCUUGUCCUCUCCUCCCUGUCCCCUUCCACAUGCAGCAGCCUGUGACUCAGUAUUGGCUGGUUACUCAUGUGGUAGCUUCUCCUUUAAAGGAGAUUUUGUUUUGAGGAGAGGUUGGGUUUUUUGGUUUUGAUUUUGUGUUGUUUUUUUUAACUUUUUUUUCCUCCUGACUGAGCCACCAGUGUUUAUCUCGGGAGAGUUUGUGCUGAGCUGGUGUCUGCUAACUUAGUAAUGAAGCCUAUCCAGGUUGAUGAUAGCUUAUUAUUUUCAUAAGUAAAAAAGCAAACAAAUGAGAUUAUAUAUAUAAAUAUAUAUAAAUAUAUAUUAAAAAAAAAGUCACAGUAUUUAUCGUAGCACUAGUGGUCCAGCACCUCUUGGGUGAGGUUGUCCAGACGCCAUGUGUUUUUAUUUGAGUCAACUCAUUAAAAAAGAAUCAUCUCUUGUCACUUCAAUCAAGUGAUUUGUUUAUUUUAGGCUCCCCUUUUGUUGAGCCUCAGGUUCAGCUGCUGCCUAGGAAAUAUGGGUUUUGGGGAAGGUUGUUUGGUGGGCAAGGUCAGACUAAGCUGUUUUGCAGCAUCCCAAGAGGUGUGGGUCUCUAGGCCCCCUAUAGGUAAACAAAAGAACUGCAGGUUCAGGGAUUCAGGGAAGUGAGGUGGGCCAGGGGCACACAGCAAAGCAAGGGAACACAGGGUCCAUAGCCAGCGUGCUGUCUACCACUCUACCCUGCCUCUCACUGCCUGCCUUGCCCCUCUCUCCCAUCUCAAUGCCCUCCUUCCCUUGUUAAGAUGGCCAAAUAAUUCAUUACUCUCAGUUGAUUGCCUGGAAACUACCUGCCUUCAUCCCAAGAGCUGCUGUGUGCCAGGCUGCCAAGAGGAAGCCAUUACCAAGACAGAGGCCCUUAAGGACAGGGCUGUUUUCUUCCUGCCGGAGUCUUCACCAUCACUGCCCAACCCUGAUGGGAUUGAUGCUUUCUGUGGAGAAGUUGGUACCUCAUGGAGGCUGAUUCUUGGAUCACUGGUCCCAGAGUGGAUGGAACCCUUGACUUCCUGAUCCAGAUUUCCCUACAGCUUAAGGAAGGCUGCUCCCUACAGCUUGGCCCCAGUGACUCUUAGGAAGGGGAGACUCCAUGGGCCUUACAUAUGUCCCACCAGCUGUUUCACAGGAUCCUCACAGCUGGCGGGACAACAGCAACAACAAAACCCACUAUCCCAGGGCUGAGAUGCUGCCAGGACAUGAGUAGGCCAUCUGUGGAGGGGACUGUCUACCAAGGAAGAGGAGGGUCUAUACAGAGGACACCUAGAAGGGCCAGGAUUUUACCUGCUUCACAGGGUGAGUGAAAAGCCUAGGAAACCUCUGCAAAGAUUAGGGUCGACUGUGGCAAAGCCACAUGCAUGGAAGUGAGUUUCCAGUCUCCAAGUGCAUCUGGGCAGGGGAAGCUUUUGUUCUGCUGGUGGACACAGAAAUCAGUGGCAGGGCUCGAGAUGUUCUGUGCCUACCAGGCCUCACAAGGCCCACAGCUGGACAAAAUUGAGUUAGACCAUCUGUCAGUGAAGAAGUAGGGCCUUGACUGAGAUCUCCCAAAAUUUUGCUUUAGGGUCUAAUCCUACAGGCUACUAUNUUUUCCUGGUUCCUNUCAGGGCCUUAGUUUACAGCUCGUCAGGAGGUCUUGUCCUGUGUAAAGGAAAUUUCAUCCUGUCCAAGGCUGGAACACCCAAGCUCCAAACUCAGGUUGGAAAUAACAGGCUGUUAACAAUGGACGGGCCUUUCAUUUGGAAAUGAAAACCAGAGGCAUUUGCAGAACAGUGGAACUUAGAGGACCUCUCCACCAGUCCUCUCUUUUUACAGUGAAAGAAACAGGUCCAGGAAAUUAAGUGAUUUGACCAAAGCCACACAGCAAAUAGUGGCAGAGCCAGGACUAAACUACUCCUGUGGGUUAGACAAGCCCUGUUGUGACCUAAAGCAAAAUGGCAAAUGAGCUUUGUAAGGGGUUAGGUUGGCGUGAGUUCAGCAGUGCCUGAGCAGCUGGCACCUUUAGUGGUGUGACGGGUGGGGAUGGGUGCUGAGACGUGGGUUGCGGAGUGGCUGAGAGGGCCUUGGACGGCUCGGGACUGCUGUGUGCUGCACGGGAUUGUGUGUCCACCUGGCUCACACUCAGUACCCAUGGCCACCUCCCCAUUUUCUGUGCCUUAUCUCACUGUUUCAGCUGAGUCCAAGUUGUUUACUCUGUUCCUCUCCAGAGAGGCUUUCUGUCCUAGUUGGACAGCUCACUUUGGGGACAUAAGCCUUUGUCCCACAAGCUGUGGGGAGGGCCAAAAUCAAGCUGCUGGAGCCAGUAAUUAGUCCAAUCCUGCUGCCAGAGGAGACCUGUAUGCACCCCCAAUCCCACUAGCCCAUUUCCAGAAACCUGGAGUGGGGAGCAGUUCCUGGAAGCAACUUAGCAAAGGACUGGACCUGACCCUGGUGUGCAAAAGGAGGACCUGGCCGGGUUGGGUUGUCCAGUCCUGAGGUAGCAGCAUUUCCUAGCUCACUUUCCCUGGGAGGCACAGAUGGCAGCUCCUUGCAGAGCAAGGGCCAAGUUGGCAGAUGACUCAGAGUCCCUCUCCCCCAAUCCCCUCCUCCGAGGGUCUGUGGCUAGGUGCAGACUGGGUGCAGAACAUCACAAGCUAAAGAAGUAAGGACUGCCUGGCUACCCAGCACCUUCCCAGUCCUUAAGCACAAAGAUGAGGCAGAGGACUGUUGGGACUGAACGUUCCUUUGGUUGCUCACAACUCAGGUAUGCAUGUCAUUAGGCAGCUGGAUAGCAAAGCCCUACUUCACCACCAAUCACAGGCAUUUGGACCUGUGGCCAGAUGGUGGCUUCUGGCUGUCCCAGUGCCCACCUCUUUGCAUCGGUUCCCUCCAUUAUCAACUACAGCUGAAACCGGCAUCCUCCACAGUGUGCACACUGGCUCUGCCUUUGUCCUUGCAAGUUGAUACUCGGCAUUAGCAUGAAACUUGUGGUGUGAGAGGGUUGACAGAAUUCCAACACAAACAUCCUAGUAAAUUGUACUUGAGAUGAAAAGAUUCCUGUUGUAUUUUGACAGAAUUAUUUUUAUUAAAAUACACAUCCAUGAGCAA